AUGUUUGUUUUUAGUGUUAACAUGUUUAUAAUUAGAAAUAGAAUAAACCUAAGUAUUCAAAGAAAAUUAAAGUAUUCAAGAUUAAAUAACACUGAGGUAACUUUCCAUAGUUUCACAUUUCCUAACAAUAAACACUAUCAAAUUAGUUAUAUGUGCACAUACAUACAUAUUUUUUUUAAGUUUUAAAUCCUCCCUUCCUCAUUUUACUUCUGCAGUAUAUGAUUAAAACUUUAAUUCAUUUUUUAAUUAUAAUAGUGGCACUUAUAAUAUGUGUAUGUGUGUGUUGAAUCAUAAACUCUUCUAACCUGUUAACCUCUGAAUAAAUUAACAAAAUUAGUAACAUAAUAGUUAAGUAAUCAAAAUUACACUUGAUAGGUAUACCUUCCAUAUAACCACCUUUAUUUUAAAAAUGUAUUCUUAAAUAAUAUGAUAUUGAUCAUGAAUAUACAAUCAAAUUCAGUUUUAGUUUUUGGAUUAUAAAAUUAAAUGCAAUGUUUUUUAUUAUAUGAUGCAAUUUGAUAAAAGAAUGAAAAAUAUCCUAUUUAUUUAAAGAAAAAAUGUAAUGUAAGAUUAAUAAGUACAUAUUUGCUAUAGUAAAAUAAAUACAAACUUGCUAUAGUUGCAAUAGAUCAACAUAAGAAAAAUAACCAAACUAUUAUAUUAAAGGCCUAGCAGCCUACUGAUGUUUUCUUUCUUUAUCUAACAAUUGAAAUUUAAACCAAUAUCCGUUUAAACAGUUUGAAUGAUACUAAUAUAAAAAAGGUCAAUCAAACUCAAGGCCUAUGGUAAUUUUUUGAAUUUAAAUCCUUUUAAAAAAAUUAAAUUUGAAAAUUGAUAAAAUUAUAUAAAAAAAAAACCUGAUAUACUUCGCAUGAUGGAUGGGCCACUGUUGUGGGUGAGAAGUUGGGAGGAUAUGAUAUAGAGGUGAAUUUAAUGUAUAUCACUACAGUUAAUAAUCGCUAACAAAAAACGAUUCUCAGCGGAGUUCAGUUAUACAUGUUUUGUAAUAUUUACAAUUUUCAUUAAAAUAUUGUGUAACAAAUUUUUGCAUUAAACUUAAAUUUUUUUUUUACCAUAAAGUACGACCUGUAAUGAACUUUCUGAUAAAUUUUUAACCAUUCCUGUUUUAGUCUAAUAGCUUGAUUCACAGGAUACCUAUCAAAUACAAAUUUUAUAAAAACUCUUUUUAAUUAAGAUGUCUAAAACAGUUCAAAAAUGACACAAAUAUUUUGAAAAUUUUACUACGUUUAGAAAAAGCAAAUAUAAUUUUUCUUUUCAAAUUUCAAGUUUCUUCAGAUAAAAAAAAAUAAGCAUUGUAAAAACAAUACAUUUCUCGCUUUGCUCAGAAUCUAAAAAAACUAAAAUUAAUAUAUUAUUAUUAUUAAUUAUAAAUAUAAAUUUUGAAUAGACUGUUUUAUAUAAUUGUAAAUAUUAUUUAAUAUAAUUUUAUUAGAUCACAAUGAAAACCUGCUCUGAUAUAUUGGACGAUUUUGAGUCUGGACCUCUAGAUACUUAUAGAAAACGUUCUACAAUUGAUUGGAAAAAAAUGAAAGUUUUUAUAGAGACUGAAGAAAUUUUACGAUACAAGGUAAUUAAUAAACAAUGAACGUAGAAUGAUAAUUGAAAUCUGUAUUUUUAUAAUAUUAUAAAUAUUUGAGAUGAAAGCCUGGAAAAAAUUUGAAGACGAUCCACUUUUUCAACAUUCUUAUGAAACACUACCAUUAGAUGAACAAAGACGAUUAGCAGUGUUAAGAAUGUAUAAAAUUGUAGAAUCAAAUCUAUUUCCAUUUGAUGAAAUAAUAGUUAGACCCAGACUUGUAAGUUUAAUUUUAAAAUAAACUUAAUUAUUUUUAUAGUAUACAUAAUAUGUUCUAGUCUAUGUCAAAAAUUGUAGCACUUUUUCAAUACUGCCCAUCUGUUGCAAUAAAAGUUGGGCUGACAUUUGACAUGUUUAGCAAUGUAAUAUUUACUAUGGAUAAUGGAAGAAAUUCCGAUUUAUAUCAAAAUGCUCAGGAUGGAAAAGUAAGAUUCAUUUUUAAAUAUAAAACAGUAGACAUUUUAGUAUGAUAACAAUGGUAAAAAAAUACAAAUCAAAUUAUUAUUGUUAAUAAACAGGAUAUGAAAAUUAUAUUAUUUUUUUAUUACUGCAGAAAACAAUUUUAAUACUUCAACUCAAAUUACUCAUUCAACUGAAAUUGUUUUUCACUUUUUGCUCCACUAAUUAUGAACUUAUACUCUUUUAGUUUUUAAAAAUUGUCUUAUUAAUUUAACCUUUAUUUACUACUCCAUUCAUUAUUUUUUAAGGUACAACUGUUAUACUAAAUAUGUGAAUAACUUGUAAAAUAUAAUAUCUGUUUUUGUAUGUUUGGGUUUAAAGGUAAACCUGUUAAUUAUAUAAAUACACAAUGCUGAAAUAAUAGCAGAGUAAAUUAAAACAUUAAAAAAAAAAUGAUUUGUUUAUUUGAUUUUAAUAUAUAAUAUAUUAGUAUUUUAAAAUCCCAGGUAUUCUUAAUAAAAUAUAAAUAUGCUUGAAUAUAUUUGUUCAGGUCCCUGGUUGUUUUGCUUUAACAGAAGUUUCACAUGGUACAAAUACUAAAGCAAUGAGAACCACAGCAUCCUAUGAUAAUGAUUUAAAACAAUUUAUUUUACAUACUCCCGAUUUUGAAGCAGCUAAAUGUUGGGUUGGAAGUUUAGGUAAAAAUAAAUUCAAUAAUAUAUAAUAUGGUUUUUUUUGGAAAAUGCAAUUUUAGUAGUUAAGUGUUAUUUAAUAACGUAAAUUAAAAUUUUAUUUAGGAAAAACAUGUACACAUGCAAUAAUUUGGGCUAAAGUAAUCAUGAAUAAUGGUGAUGAUCAUGGAUUACAUGCUUUUGUAGUUAAUAUAAGAGAUCCAAAAACAAUGUUACCUAUUCCUGGUGUCACAGUUGGAGACCUGGGAGAAAAAGCCAGUCUAAAUGGGGUUGAUAAUGGGUAAUUAAUAUUAUUUAUUUAAAUUUUAUAUUACAGUAUGUGUCUAAUGUUAAUUUAAAAAAUAUUUUUUCUAAUAGAUUUAUAAUGUUUAAUAAAUUUGCUACGCCAAAAGAAAGUUUACUUAGUAAAACAGGAGAUAUAAAUGACAAUGGCCAAUAUAUUUCUCCAUUUAAAGAAAAAUCAAAACGACUUGGUAAUAUAUUUUUAAUUAUUCACAAUUUAAACCAGACCUACUUUUUUUUACUGAGGGCCAUAAAAAAUAAUAAUUCUUGCCGGACUAAGAAUUUAAACUUUUACUUUUCAAGUUAAUAGAAUAUUAUAUUUUAUUGUAGACAGAUCUUAGUAUAGGUACAGUGUUAAAUUUUAUUAUUUAUUACGUAUUGAUUGUUAUAAAUGAAAAAAAAAAUGUAAAGUACAAACAUAUUUUUUUUUUUAAUUUUGAUUUAAUACACUUUGGUGGGCGAUUACUAAAUGAUCGCGAGCCGGAUUUAACCCAUGGGCCGUAGUUGGUUACCACUUAUUUAAACAAUAUAAUAAGAUAAUUUAAUAUAUUUGAACAAAUUUACUUGAUAAACAUUACAUGUGAAAACCUCACAUCUAUGGCCAAAAUAGUCAGUAGUCAAAACUUUUUGUUAAGAAAAAUUAUCUAAGUUUGUUUGUUAUUGCCAUAUUUAUCUGGUAUAUACUACCAGAUAUGUUUUUUUAAACAUAGUUCAUACACUCUGGAAAGUAUUUAAGGAGAAACUAGGGAGGAAUUAUGGCUACACCCAUUCAAAUGGGAUGACAAGUGAUUGAAAACUUCAGAAAUGCUUUCAAGAGUGAAUCACCGUUGAAAGCCGCCAUUUUAGAUUUGUAAUAUUUAAAACUUGAUGUAAAUAACUAAAUUAUCUACUGAACCUAACAAUAUAAAUCUUAUUUUUAUGAAAUUAAUAGUUUUUAUUCUACAACCCUUCAAAACUGAUGUGUAUCUUUUAAUAUCUCUUAAUAUACUUUUACUGUAUUAAGUUUUAUAUAUUUUAAUACUUAUUUGUAAAUUAUAAUACAUUAUAUUUUAUUUUAAAAUGUAUAAUUGUAUUUUAAAAAUAGUUGUAGCUAAGUAUUAUUGUGUUUUAUUUUGUAGGUGCUUCAUUGGGAAGUUUAUCAGCUGGUCGAUUAAGUAUUGUUAAUAUAUGUGCAGCAUACAUUACAAAAGCUGUUCCAAUAGCUAUAAGAUAUACAGCAGUCAGAAAACAGUUUGGUCCUCCAAAUUGUGAAGAGUUACCAGUUUUAGAGUAUCAAUUAGUAGUAAAUAUACUUGAUAUGAGCUUUUCAAUUAUUAUUGAAUAAUAUUUCAAAAUAUAAAUUUUUUUUUUUAUAGCAAUGUAGAUUGAUCACAAAUUUAGCCGCUGCUUAUGCAAUAAAAAUGUAUGGCGAUUAUUUAGCUAGAGUUUACGAAUCAUUUUUAUUUGAGAUGAUGACAAACAAUGGUUCAGAAAAAAAUGUAACAACAAAACAUUUUCUAAAAAAAUAUAUAUUUUGUAUAUACCCUUCAUUUGUCUAGAGAUUACUUGGCAUAGAAAUUCACGCAGUGUCUAGUUGUACGAAGCCUAUUGCAUCAUGGACAACUCGAGAUGCGAUACAGGAAUGUAGAGAAGCAUGUGGUGGUCAUGGGUAUUUAAAAGGUAAUUUUUAACAUGUAAUGAAAAUUUGUUCUAACUAUAUGUUGUAUAAAUUUAUUUUUAAUUAGCUGCUGGACUCAGUGAACUUCGUAACGCAAAUGAUGCUAAUUGCACUUAUGAAGGUGACAAUAAUGUACUGAUACAACAAACAAGUAAUUGGUUGCUAAAUAUCUGGUCAAAUUUACUGAAUGGAAAUACAAAUUGUUGUGAUACUACAAUGUGUACAAUAGAAUUCCUUAAAGAUGCUGAAAGUAUAUUAAACGAACAAUUUAAAUUACCUAAACCAUAUGAAAAUUUUACUCAUAAAGGUAAGCACUUAAUUUAAAUAUUUACAUACUAUAAUUGAUUAUUGUUAACAAUUUUAAUUUGGAUUGUUUCAAGAUUUAUUAUCCUGUUUUCAAUGGUUGAUUUGUUACCUAUUACGACAGACAUAUACACAAUUACAACUGUUAAAACAUCAAAAAAAAGACGAAUUCACAGCAAAAAACGACUCACAGAUGUUUUUUGCUAGAGACCUAUCGAUUGUAUUUGCCGAAGUAACUAUGCUAAUCUAUGUUACUUUUUUAAGACAUAAUUUUGUAAUAUUUUUUUUUUACAGUAUCUCAUUUUAAAGAAUUUUAUCGAAACCUUAUCAUCUCCAGAUUUAGAUGGCCCACAUCAAUUAGUUUUACAUAAACUUGCUUCACUUUAUGGACUUUGGCUAAUUGAAAAACAUUUAUCAAUCAUUUAUGAAGGUACAUAUAUAUAUUAUUAUAUUUAGUAUGAAUAAUUGUAUUUUAAAAGUGUCUAUAUCAAGCUUGUUAAUUAUACAAUUUUUAAUUUACAGCACUAAUAAAACUUUUAAAGAUUUUAUAUAAUAGUAAUUAUUUGCUUUUUUAAAAGGUGGAUAUGUGAAUGGACCAUUGGCAUCUGUAAUGGUUAAAAAAUCCAUAAUAAAUUUAUGUUUGAGUCUUAAGGAUGAAGCAGUGACACUUUCUGAUGCUUUAGCACCUCCAGAUUUUAUACUAAACUCAGUGAUCGCCUCAUCAAAUGGAAAGGUAAAUUUAUUUACAAAUAAGUAUCUUUAUUCUAAAAAAGUAUAAAAAGUAUUAAUUUAAGUAAAUAAUAAUCAAAUAAUGAAUAUACUUCAUCAUUUUAAAUUCAAUAUAUUGUACUGGGUGAUAUUAAUAAUACAAUUAGAGUUAUUAUAAAACAUCUCUUAUAAUUUGACUUAAUUAUUAAUGAAUACAAAUAUAUUGUUUUAUUUUUAAAAUUGAAAUCUUCAAUUUUGAAGAAUUUUAUAAUUUUAUAUUGGUAUUGUUUAGGUGUAUGAUAAUUUGAAGAAACUAUUAUUUGAAGAUAAAUCAACAUUUGAAAGACCUAGUUGGUGGUCUGAGAUAGCAAUGCGUUCAAAAUUAUAA